GGAACAACGGCCGAAACUAGUCGAAACAAGCCAAAUAAUUUCAAAACAUGGAGCCAUGGAGCUUCGUCGGCUUCGUACCGUGUGCUGAAAUAUUCAUUUUACCUCAGUCUGCCUAAUUAUCCAGCUACGGAGUGCGACUUAGAAAGAUCUGAGAGGUAGCGACAAAUCGUACAGAAUGAGCGCGGAAGAGCGAGAGACUUCGCCGACAAAAGAUAAGUUGCGUGUGCUAAACAGCACGCUGCGCGCUCUACGCUCGUCCACUUCGGACGUCGAGAAACUGGCAGCCCUGCUCGUCCUGACCAAGGCGGUGGACGCUUCUUCCGUGCAACCCAAAAGCAAGCGAAAGCUGCUCGACGCCAUCGGCGUGCCCUUCAUCGUGAGGAUGCUUCAGUCCGACACGGACACCUUCCGCGUGCUGGGCGCCGACAUGACGUGCGCGUUCGCGAUCGAGCAAACCCUGUGCGAACCGCUGCGACCGGCGCUGGACGCACUCGCAGGGUCAUUGGCCGACCUCGGGGUCGCGACGGGAGUCGAAUGCGCCUCGCGGCUUGUUCUGCACGAGCCGGGGUGCCGGGCGCUCGUCGACAGCGGCCUGCUAAAGGCGCUGGUCGAGCUGUCGCCAACAGAGCUGGGCCAGCUGGGCUCCCUGCUUACUGCCCUGGCGACCCGUCUGCAGUCAGCCGAGGGUCGAGGGUCGGCCGGUGAUUGCCGUGACGAGGCCACCUUGCUGUCGUCGGCACGUGCUUGCGUUGGUCGGGCCCUGACGGGCAGGCUGGGCGCAGACGCGCGGCGCGGUCUGUUCGCGCUGCUCGCGUCGCUGGUCGAACGUUGGGGGCUGCGGUCGCUGGAUGCGCCGACCGUGGCCCUGGCCGCUGUUGAACUGGAGAUGCAGCUGUGCUCUCAGGGGCUGCCGCCGGACGCCGAACUCGUGGCCAACUGUUGUCUCCUGUUGGAGGUGGCCGUGGAUGACGCUGUUGCGAGCGGCAAGCUGCCGCCUGCUGCCGCCGAUCGCGUUCCAGGUGCUCUGCUUGUUUUUCUGGACGAGGCAUUUCAGUCUCCUUCUUGGGGCCCUGGACAAGCCGCAGUGUUGCCUGCUUGCCGUCUGCUGUGUCGCUGGUUGGCAGACGACUCCACGACCAUGCGGCCAGAGGUUGGCAAAGUGCUGGCACCGCUUCUUGACGUGGUGGCGUCGAAUGAAGCCAUGCUACCGCUCAUCAUUCCUGCACUGUGCCACCUCACAGCUGACGACGCCCUGCGACCCAUUGUGCUGCAGUCGCCAGUCUUGGCCCGUCUCUUCGACUACCUCAAGGAGUGGAGUGCCCUGCCGCAGCAGCUGGAGACCUGCACAGGCAUCUUCUUAAACCUAGCUGUGCUUGGAGCCGAGAUGUUGGACUCGUUUCCUUCUCUGUUGGACUUCUGCGUCCAAAAGGCAAUGACUGGUACCGUGCACUCUGUAACACUGAGAGCAAACCUGGCUCUCUUGGGGCUUUUUCUCCUCAGGUCAAAGUUACGUCGGUCAAUCCUGACACCUGGCACUCUGGACAUGACAGCCUUUGCCGAACAUUGCACUUCGCUGUUCAAUUCUUCACCUACUCUGCCCGCAAAUGAUGUGGAGGAAUGGAAUGAGCUUAGCUCCUUGGGCAAGCAAGUCCUCGCAGAUGUUUCGCCCAUUUUAAGUAAGUCUGCAUUGCGUUCUGGUGUGUGCCAAAAAUAAAUUCUAAGCCUUGUUAUUA